CCGGCUCCUGCAGGCUCCACAAUGGUCCUGGCAGCAUCUUGCUGCACAAUGGUUUCCAGGCGCUGACAGAGGGUGAUUCAGCAAGCCGCUGUUCCUCUGCUGUUCAAGCCUGCCCCUUUUCCUUUUUAUUUUUAUGGGGGGCAGGUGGUGCUUGUUUUAUGCUAACCUUUUUCUUUUCUUUCCCUCUUUUUGCCUUUGCCCUGUUUUUCUCCUUCCCCCUCAAUUCCGAGGGGUUUGAGUGACUUUGGGAUCCGGUUUCCUUGGACAUCACCUGUCCACCAUUAAUUCUAAACAGUUUCCCACCUGCCAAGAAUCGAUUCCUGAUUCCAGUGUGGGAUGUGGCUAAGGAAAAACAAGUAGGGACAAUUUCUGGGGCAAGCACUGCUGGAUAAGAACCGUAGUUCUCAUCACGGAAUGUUUUUGCUUUGAUUUUAGGCUAGAGUGAGAAGCACCACCAGUAGGAUCAUCUCAGAUCUUCGCUAUGGCAACUCAUGCAAGAAGCUGCUGAAUUAAGACCCAUUUCCUAUAGAUGACAAACCCUACAAGCAGUGGAGAUGCUGGUGAAGUUAGAAAAUGUCUUCAAGCCUCAAUUUCCUCAUCUGUAAGGUAUUUAUGAGCCUCCAUUUAUUGUACUACUGCAGUGAACCUACUUUGGAUGUGAAAAUUGCCUUUUGUCAGGGAUUUGAUAAACAAGUGGAUGUGUCAUAUAUUGCCAAACAUUACAACAUGAGCAAAAGCAAAGUUGACAACCAGUUUUACAGUGUGGAAGUGGGAGACUCAACCUUCACAGUUCUCAAGCGCUACCAGAAUCUAAAGCCAAUUGGCUCUGGGGCUCAGGGAAUAGUUUGUGCUGCAUAUGAUGCUGUCCUUGACAGAAAUGUGGCCAUUAAGAAGCUCAGCAGACCCUUUCAGAACCAAACACAUGCCAAGAGAGCUUACCGGGAGCUGGUCCUCAUGAAGUGUGUGAACCAUAAAAACAUUAUUAGUUUAUUAAAUGUCUUCACACCCCAGAAAACGCUGGAGGAGUUCCAAGAUGUUUACUUAGUAAUGGAACUGAUGGAUGCCAACUUGUGUCAGGUGAUUCAAAUGGAGUUAGACCACGAGCGAAUGUCUUACCUGCUAUACCAAAUGUUGUGUGGCAUCAAGCACCUUCACUCUGCUGGGAUUAUUCACAGGGAUUUAAAACCGAGCAACAUUGUUGUCAAGUCUGAUUGCACCUUGAAGAUACUUGACUUUGGACUGGCCAGGACGGCAGGCACAAGUUUCAUGAUGACCCCUUAUGUGGUGACACGCUAUUACAGAGCCCCUGAGGUCAUCCUGGGAAUGGGCUACAAGGAGAAUGUGGAUAUAUGGUCUGUGGGAUGCAUUAUGGGAGAAAUGGUUCGCCACAAAAUCCUCUUUCCCGGAAGGGACUAUAUUGACCAGUGGAAUAAGGUAAUUGAACAACUAGGGACUCCAUGUCCAGAAUUCAUGAAGAAAUUGCAACCCACAGUAAGAAACUAUGUGGAGAAUCGGCCCAAGUAUGCAGGACUCACCUUUCCCAAGCUCUUUCCAGAUUCCCUCUUCCCAGCGGACUCUGAGCACAAUAAACUCAAAGCUAGUCAAGCCAGGGACUUGUUGUCGAAGAUGCUGGUGAUCGACCCAGCGAAAAGGAUCUCAGUAGACGACGCCUUACAGCACCCCUACAUCAACGUGUGGUAUGACCCUGCGGAAGUGGAGGCGCCUCCACCGCAGAUAUAUGACAAGCAGUUGGAUGAAAGAGAGCACACCAUUGAAGAAUGGAAAGAACUUAUCUACAAGGAAGUCAUGAAUUCAGAAGAAAAGACGAAGAAUGGUGUAGUGAAAGGACAACCUUCUCCUUCAGGUGCAGCAGUGAACAGCAGUGAGAGCCUCCCUCCGUCCUCAUCAGUCAACGACAUCUCUUCCAUGUCCACCGACCAGACCCUGGCGUCCGACACUGACAGCAGCCUGGAAGCCUCAGCGGGACCCCUGGGUUGUUGCAGGUGACUAGCCGCCUGCCUGAGAAACCCAGCGUUCUUCAGGAGAUGACAUGACGGAACACGCACACGCACACAUGCAGACACCCCCCCAACACACAAACACACAUCCACCCCAACAAGCAGUGACAAGCAAUCCAGAAGGGAGAGAACCCAGACCCCAGAGUGAAACAAGCUUGUCAGCCUGCUUCUUCUCCAGAGUUCUGUGGCACAGCUGAGCCACAUGCACAUUUCACUCCUAGUUGCUCUUGCUUUGAUCUUCUUCCAACAGUGCUUACUACAGAGAGAGCCAGCCCAACCCAAUUAGAAGAGCCUUUCCUGUAAAGUGUGUCAUUUUGAUGGCUGCCAAACCAGCGACCCGUCCCUGCCCUUGCAAAUGGCAUGGCAGUGUGUGCGUAGCCCCCACCAGCAUGUGCGUGUCUCUGUCUUGCAUCUCCCUGCUCCUUUUGGCUUCGUCAAGGGAUGCACAGAUGGGUGUUCCGAUCCGCAUGUGUCUGUACUCUUGCAGCACUAGCUCUUUAGAGAUGCUCCUGUCAGUGUCCUCAGGAGGGCUCUACCAUGACAUCACACACUGGGGUCCACUUCAUGUGAUCUAUUACUCUGGCAUAAACCCAUCUGUAAUAUAUUCCAGUAUAGAAACUGUUUAGUUUGUUAAUCAAUUAAGCUGUAUGUCUUAUAAGAAAAUAUGUAAAGGAGUGGGGUGGGGUGGGGGAGGAGAGCUCUCUCGGACCCUUGAAGAUGUAGCUUCCAAAUCUGAACCGAUUAAAUGGCACCUGUACACCAAUUUGUAGAAAGAACAUAUGUGAUGCUCAUGUGUAGUGUGGGGGGGGUGGGAGCGGGUCAUAGAUUCCAGGCCACUGAGUGCUUUGGCCUGAAGCACGUGGUGGGGAGAAAAGUUGAGAGCCUUUUCUCUGAUAGCGAGUGAGGAGACCUUCAGGAGGAACUUAUCACCCAGACCCCAGGAGUUACAGAGCAGUGGCCAUUUGUCACUCAUGUGUCACAGCUGGACAGAGAGUGGCAGGGGGAGGCAGAGUCAUUCUGUGCAUACCCAGUGGCAGGAAGUCCUCCAUGGAACAGAAGUGUCCCUGUGUGAUGUCCUGAGAAGGAAAUGAGCCUAUUUUGUCUUAUUUUCAUAUGUCAGAUUGUGUUUCUCAUGAGUAUACUGUCCUCUGGGUUUAGACCCUGCCCAGGUUUUAUCUUGGGGGAAAAAAAUACUGUCCUCUUCUAGAAUAAGAAUUACUUACAUAACACUAAGUCAAACACUCGAGCUCAGAGGAACCCUCAGGUCAACCUUUAAAAAAAAGCAUUCCCACAGGAACUGCUCCACCUCAGGGGUAUCCCUGACUCUUAUUGUGACUGGUAUUUUCUGUUUCUUUAUUUUUAUACACUUGAACAACCCAAGAAUGGCUGGUUGUCAGAGUUUUGUAUCGUACUUAACAUGACAGCAAUAACUCUGUCCGAAAGUGACUACUGCUCAGUAGCUUCCGCAAUAUGAGUCUGUCUUAAAAGCCAUGAAACUUUGAUGCUGAUGUUUAAGGAAAUCGCUUGGCUGAAGGAGAAUGAAAUGGGAGUGAUUCCCCGCGCUGUGAACCAUCUCGGUGAUGCAUGAGACAAUACCCAGGUGAUUACCCAGCAAUAAUAGGGGCCAGGCCAAGGCCUCCCUCCUUCUCCUCUCCCCCCACCCCCUGCCCUCCUCCUUCACUUUAAUGAAGUACCCACCACAACCCUUUGCACUCUGACCAUUUUGGUGCUCACCACUAUGGUGAUUAUUUCACCUAAAGAAGUGAAAUGCUUGACGUGGAUGGGUGAUGACUGGGAUAUGACUGGCCAGUGGGAUCCUUUUAGCGGCAGAGCCAAAGAGAAUGCCAGUGCUCUGAAAAUUGCCUUAAAUUCAACAGUAUGAAAGCUCUGUCUCUUUUAGAUCAAAGGCCAACCCCUCAGCCCCUUAUGCCCUUGGGACAGGGCUGCUUUUGGGGGGCUGCUUCACACUAGGUUUCAUGAUAGCUUGUCUGCUUUUGUCUUAAGCAGGAGGGGGAAGAAAUACUAUUGAUAGAUGGGUGAGCUUGUCCCUGGAAUAAAAGUAGCCCACUUUCUCCAUCUUAUUAACAUCCUUUCUGGUUGAUUUGGAUUUUAAUAAUGUCUCUGAAUGAGGUAUUCUGUCACUGCUCCCUGUGCUUUUUCAAACUUCUUUGUAUUUCUUAUUGUUUGCUGAUCUCCUCUCUCUCUAGAUCCUUCUCUUCCUAACCUGUGAUAUGUUCCACUCUGCUGUCAACAUCGUAGGACUAAGUGCAGAGAGCAGUCAGCUGUGUGAAAGUGAGUAGCCAAGGGAAUUAUAUGAGUCACAAAAUAACAUCAGAAGACAGCAGACAAUCCCCAGCCAGCAUCUUAGAAGUGCUUGAAAGUCAGAGGAUCUCUCUUAUGUGCAGAAAGAAGGAUUUUUCUUUGCUCAGAUUUAACAACUCAAGAACAAAGCAUUGUCCCUCCCUUGCUGUUGCUGCCUUCUUCAAACUCCACUAUUCUGGUCUCUUCUGCUGGAAGAUACUUGGGAGCUGAUGAGCUUUAGUCCAGAACUCCCUGAAAAACUGGGGCUGGGGGAUGGGUGGGUGGAAAGGAACAUAUCUGAGAUUGAAGUAUCAUGUACAAGUAGAGCUAGGAGCUGGGAGUUUGGCUUCUUGACUGCUUGUUGGGCUGACUUUAUUAGGUCUUCAAAGUGAGAGAGGAAGGGGAACCUGGUGCUCUGAGAAGCCCAGCUUCCUGUCACUCCUCAGGACAGUUGGAUCCAAAGGAUUCUUCUCCUUCUUCUCCUUCUCCUUCUCCUUCUCCUUCUUCUUCUUCUCCUCCUCUUCCUCCUUCUCCUCCUUCUUCUUCUUCUCUUCUUUUUCCCCUACCCCUUCCUUUCCUCCUCCUCCUCCUUCUUCAUCUUCUUUUUUAAUGUUUAUUUAUUGUCUUUUUUAAAAUUUUAUGUAUUUAUUUAUUAUUGGAUAGAGACAGAGAAAUUGAGGGAAAGGGGAGCUAGAGAUGGAGAGAGACCAAGAGAUACCUGAAGCCCUGUGAAGCUUUCCCCCUGCAGGUGGGGUUCCAGGGGCUUGAACAAGGGUCUUUGCGCACUGUAGUGUGUGUGCUUAACCAGGUGUGCCACCAACUGACCUCUUCCAAGGAUUCUUGAUAGAUUGUUCUCUAUAGACUUCUGUAGGAGGGGUGGCUGUGUAUCCACAUGCAAAGAGACAUUAAAUUGUUGUAACAGUCUGGUAAAACCACCACCACACUUACAGUUUUAUAUGUAUUUAGUGUGUGAAAAUUUUAAAACAAUACAGUGGCCUAGUCACAACAUUUCUUCUUGUGAGGGAAAUAAAGAACCAAUGGUCCUCUUGCAUGUUCAAGAAUCUGAUGACUGAGCUUCGUAGGAAUGUCUCCCACAAAUGGACAAGGGCCUAAUCUUCCCCCUCUAGUCAGAAUGAAUGAUUGACCUGAAGAUCAAGGGGUGGAACGGUGUUCUGAAUCUGUUAGCACUAUCAGAGAGAUAUUAUGCAAAUAUACUGGUAGCAGCUGACUGGUACCAAAAAUAGGCCUUGACAAGUGGAAUAGACAAGAAAAGGUGAAUCUUCGUGUUCCCUACUAGGGGUAUGGAAGCUAAAGUGACUUUUGAAUUUUAAAUAUUUAUUUCAAAAUCUCCAUUAUGUAAAGCCAGCUUGUACUAAAUUCUGUCUACACAGGACAGCCCAAGUCUUAAAAACAUUGUGCUCUCUAAAGAAUACUUAUGACUACCUUAGCUGAAACAUGUAUCCUCUGCACCUCACAGAAGGGACUGCAGUCACCCCAGGAAUUUUUUAGCCCAACCUGAUUGGGUCUGAAGGGGAACAACACUUCCAGCUCUCAACCCUCUCUGCAUAUUGGUGAGAGUCCAACAUUUGCCACAGAUAUUAUUAAGCCAUGCAGGGAAACUCCUUUCUGUAAAAGCAACAGGCAAGUCACAAUGUAAAUAGUUAUAUUAGUUCUUUUCCAUGUGGUUAAAAUAUAAAAUUUUAUUGUUUCUUUGGCACAUACUUCUUUCACUCUGAAGUGGUUCUCUUUGACCCAUUUCCUUGGCGACUGAAUAGCAAUGGAAGGCCCCUGUUUAUAUAUGAACUCUGUAUAUUUAACUUUUGCUUAUGUGGGACCAAUGGCCAGUAUAUUCUAAUGGAAACAAAUCUCCUAACCCUUAUCUAGCAUUAAACUGUUCACUUUGCUGUGCUUAUCUUGCAUUGAGACCUACCUUGCACCUGCCUGUUUCUCUGCAUGAUCGGACUCCAAAGACUAAAACGAAUGGUUCAAAUUGUCUUGUGUCAGUGUUCAUAAAAUUGACUUAAAGCACACAUGUAUCCAAACACACCUCACUCAACCUUAUGGCUCUAGGUCUACCCUGGAAGGCAAAACCAUGUAUAACCUGUUGCUUUGCAAGGCCUUAGUGGUGGAAACCAGAAGUCAGUGUGAUGGAUCAAAUUCAGUCUCAGUGAUGUUUAAUAAGGAUGUGAAACUAUCCAAAUUAUUUCUGUGCUCUUUCUCUUUUUCAUUUCUAUUAGAUUUUCUUUAUUUUCAAAAGGUCAGCGGAACAAGAGGGCAAAAGAGGGUAGAACUUUGACUCCUUUGGAAUUUGUAUAGGUGGAUAUUGAGUCAAUACAUUGUGAUUUCUGCUUCCUAUGACUUAUUAAAAAACCAGAGCAAGUCUGAUUUCUUUAAUAUAAAACCAAGUCCAAACUUAGAGUGUGUUAGAAUAUGACAGUUGACAAUGGUUGCUGUGUGAAUAUUUGUCUUGGAUUUUAUGUCCUGAUAGGAGCUCUGAAACCUGUUACGUGUUUUUAUCUUGACAUCUGGGAAAGAAAUGUCCAGUGUGAUCUAAUUUUGCCAGGGAAUAAAUAAGAAAAGAGGAAUGACUUCA